CGGUUAAGGUUGCCCAUCUCAGGAAUUGUUUUGUGUUUAUGUGUGUUAAUAGUCAUGUGGAACUUCGAAGUAACAGAACUUUUGGUUUCACGUAGAGUUUGUCAAUUGACGAUGGUACAUUAAUUAAGAAUUGUUUUGUCCAGUUUCUCAUAAAAAUUAAAAAUGUCUCCUACUGUUCCAACUACCACAAAUGUUGAUAAGAGGCCAACACUUGUCAAACCACACUCUGCUGAAAGAAGAUCAGAAUUAGUUUGCCGUGUCAAGUACUGCAACACUUUGCCUGAUAUUCCGUUUGAUCCAAAGUUUAUUCAAUAUCCAUUUGAAUCCACUCGGUUUAUCCAAUAUAAUCCCACAUCGCUAGAACGUAAUUAUAAAUAUGAAGUUCUUACUGAACAUGAUCUCGGGGUUACUAUUGAUCUCAUUAACAAAGAUAUGUAUGCUGCUGAUCAUAAUGCAGUACUUGAUCCUGCUGAUGAGAAACUACUUGAGGAAGAUAUCCUCACACCUCAUGAUUCUAAAAGGUCUAGACAUCAUUCUCGAUCAGUUUCAUGGCUUCGUAGAACUGAAUACAUUUCCACCGAACAAACACGUUUUCAACCGCAAGUUAUGGAUAAAGUUGAAGCCAAAGUUGGAUUCAGCAUUAAGAAAAGUCUUAAGGAAGAAACUCUUUACAUGGAUAGAGAGAGCCAAAUUAAAGCUAUCGAAAAGACAUAUGACGAUGCUAAACUACCUAUAGAGAAACAUCAUAGCAAACCUAAUGUCGUUCCGAUAGAGGUUCUUCCUGUGUUUCCAGACUUUCAGUUAUGGAAGUAUCCUUGCGCUCAGGUUAUGUUCGAUUCUGAUCCUGCACCAAUAGGAAAGACCGUACCUGCUCAGCUAGAACAAAUGUCUCAAGCUAUGAUCAGGGGUGUGAUGGAUGAGAGUGGAGAACAAUUCGUAGCUUAUUUCUUGCCUACUGAGCCAACUUUAGAAAAACGUAGAAGAGAUUUUACAAAUGGUAUUGAUUAUGAAGACGAGGAGGAAUAUGACUACAAAAUAGCAAGAGAGUAUAAUUGGAAUGUGAAAACUAAAGCUUCAAAAGGAUAUGAAGAAAAUUAUUUUUUUGUUAUAAGGCAUGAUGGAGUAUAUUAUAAUGAAUUGGAGACAAGGGUACGUCUGAGUAAAAGAAGACAAAAGGCUGGCACUGCUCCAAAUAAUACUAGAUUAGUUGUUAGACAUAGGCCAAUGGAUGCUAACGAAUUUAACAUUCAUCGUCUAAGGGAGAAGCAACUUCAACAUCCAAUUGAAGAAGAAGAUGAAGAAGAAAGUGCUGGUGAAGAAGAAAAGAAAGAGGACGAAAAGAAAACAAAUAGCAAAGAUACUGAUGAAAGUGACAAGGAAGAAGGUAGUGACAAGGAAGGUGGAAGUGAUAAAGAUGAAGGCAGUGGUAAAGAAGAUGGUAGUGGUAAAGAAAAUGAUAGUGCUAAAGAAAAUGAUAGCGGUAAAGAAAAUGAUAGUGGUAAGGAAGAUGGUAGUGGUAAAGAAAAUGAUAGUGAUAAAGAUGAGGCAAGUGACAAAGAAGCUGAAAGUGAAGCUUCAGGUAAAGAAGACAGUGAUCGGGAGACCAGUGAUAAAGAUGAUAGAGAAGAAGGAAGUGGAAAAGAAAGAGGGAGUGGAAGUGAAAAAAGUGGUGAGGAAAGUGAAGGAGAAUCUAGUGCUUCAGGUGGAGGAAGUUCUCGAAGUUCUGCUAGUGGUUCAAGUAAAUCUGGUAGUGAAGAUGAGGAUGAUUAACUUAACAUAUAUUCUGAGUUGUGUGCUCAAAAAUUAGAUAAUAAAUGUGCGUGUACAUACAACAAUAAUAUUGUCAGACAAAUAUAAAUAUAUUUUUUAUAAUGUUUAUGUUAUUAUUAUGUAUGUAUGUAUUGUACUAUUACCUUUAUUUGCAUUGGC